AUGGUGGAGGCGGCGGACAAUUUGGAGGCGGUGGAAAUGACAGGCGAGGAGGCGGUGGAGACAACGAGCGAGAAGGAGGCGGUGGUGGCGACGGAACAAAAAAUCAUCAGAUUUUGUAACUUUGUGGUUGAUCCUCACCAUCAGCCGCAAAGCUGCGAGAGUGAUCACGGCUGGGAACUGGAUCUUCCGGUCACCCUUUUCCGGGAAUUGGAGAUGAGUGAUGAAGAGGAGAUGUGCUCGAUAUGCUUGGUUGAGUUCGAGGGAAAAGAUUGUGUCACCAAAUUGCCCAAAUGCGGCCAUCUAUCCCAUGGCGAAUGCAUUGAGAAAUGGUUGGAUAAGUGCCGGUUUAGUUGCCCUCUUUGCCGAUCAUCUUUGCUCCGAGCUCGCGCCUCCGCCUCGCCCUGCAAAUCGUGGCCUCCUCCGAUUUGCAUUGAGCUUGAAUCUUGA